AUACUGCCGAUACCUAACCAAAAACCAUGCUUAUAAGUGGGAAGGUUUACUCUCCUAAUUGGUCCAUCUUUUGAGGUGGUUGGAUAGAGCCAUGACCAAAAGCUUGUAAUGAACUCUCAGAUCCCUUAUGGAGACCAUCUGAACCCCUAUACUGUUCCUGAUCCCCUAUGGCGACCAUCUGAGCCCUUCCCGUGGGUGUGAGAAAAUUCGAUCUUUAUUUUUAUCUGAUUUUAAUGAGGUUGGUACCAACUGAUGCACAUAAUUGGAGCCAUAAUCCAAUAUCUUACUGAAGUGAUUGGUGAUGUCAGAUAGAACUAUCUCCAUUGUUUUCAGUUUCAAUCAUCAAUCAGAUCAGAUUAUUCUGUUGAAGCCAUUGGUGAAUGGGGAGAUGAACCAGGGAAAAAAAAAAUCUUCUUUUUUUAAUUAUAAUUAGAUCAUUCUAUCCGUCAAUCGUGGCCCGGUGAUCAUUAUUAUCUCAAUUAUAAAAUUGAGCCGGCCAUUGUUUUUGAAAGAAAAAUUGAGUAAUGAAAAGGGUAUUGGGAGAAAAGGAGGAGGACAUGACUGCACUCCUCUUUUUCAUAUUCUUCUAUGAGAGCUGGUCACGUGGACCUGUGUUUGUGCUCCUCACUUUUUUGUUCUUGGGAAAGCUGGUUUCCCAUGUAAUGCAGGCGACUUCUCCUACCUUUCCAGAAUUGAUAAUCAAUUGGUAUGGAUUUUGGGGGAUUUGGGCAACCCCUGUUUAGCCCAUCUUAGUCUCUCUCCCUCCCUCAAGAUUCCAGGAAUCCCUUUUACUCGGUUUCUAUGUAGACCCUUUCCUUCCUUCUUUUGUCUUCUUCACUGUUUCCCUGUAGAAGCCGUCCUUGGGUUUCUGUAGAGACUCCAGAGAGAUGUUGCAGAGAGCUGCAAGCAAUGCAUAUUCUUGGUGGUGGGCAAGCCACAUCAGGACAAAGCAAUCAAAAUGGCUUGAACACAACCUUCAAGAAAUGGAGGAGAGGGUGAAAUACAUGCUUAAACUUAUUGAUGAGGAUGGAGACUCUUUUGCCAUGAGGGCAGAAAUGUACUUCAGGAAGAGACCUGAACUCGUUAAUUAUGUGGAAGAAUAUUACAGGGCAUACCGAGCCCUGGCUGAGAGGUAUGACCACAUAUCAGGAGAGCUACAAAAUGCCAACAGCACCCUUGCCAAUGUUUUUCCCGAGCAAGUUCAGUUUGCAACGGAUGACGAAGAUGAUGCUGGUUCACCAAGAAAAUCUACUUCCUCUACCAAUCAAAAUAGCCCCAAGGGCUUCCCUGAACCCCCAAAACUCAAUAUCUCUAAGAUUCCAAGGUUCUUAAGGGGAACUACAGCAUUACCAACAAAGAAAGUGCAACCCAAAAAAGCUACUUCAUCUACUUCUACAAAUACUACCGCUUUCAGUUUGCGGAUGAGCACAGAGGAGGCACUUCAAGAGAUCGAUAGACUCCAGAAAGGGAUAUUGGCCCUACAGACUGAGAAGGAGUUUGUCAAGAGCUCAUAUGAGAGUGGGGCUGCGAAGUACUGGGAAAUUGAGAUGCGCAUCAGUGAAAUGCAACAGGAGGUUUGCAUGUUACAAGACGAUUUCGGUGUGGCAUCAGUAAUUGAGGACGAUGAAGCACGGACUCUUAUGGCAGCCACAGCUCUGAAAUCAUGCCAAGUGACCUUGGUGCAGUUGCAAGAGAAACAAGAGCAAUCAGCUGAAGAAGCAAGAGUAGAGAACCGACGGAUUAAAGAUGCUCAUGAAAAGUUGUGGACAACCAAGAAUGUAUUUCUCCGUGAUCAGAUGGAUAGACCAGAUCUAUCUGAACAGAAAUAUUCUGUGGGUUCAGGUUCAAGCUUGAAUAACUUGGAGCAAGAAUUUAGUGAUCCGAGACAGGAGAGACUCCAGUUGGAAUCCAGACAGGAGAAUAUGAGGGGACCCUUUGAUAUGAACUCUGAUACAUAUCUUACUGUGACAGAACUGGCAGAGAAGAUUGAUGAACUUGUACACAAAGUCAUCAGUUUGGAGACUCUGGUGUCUUCUCCAACUGCUCUGCUAAAUAGAUUAAGAUCAGAAACUGAUGAACUCCAUGAGAACCUGCAGAACUUGGAUGAGGAUAAGGCCUCUCUUGCCAAGGGUUCUGACAAUUUUAUAGACAAACUAAGGAAAUUGGAUUACAAGCUAUCUGGGAUCCAGGAUCUCAGUCGGAGUUUUGAGGAUCAAAACAACCACCUCCAAACACAGUUCACUGAAGCACGAUGUAACCUCAGCCAUCUUUCCGAGAAACUGCAUUCCGUGAAGCCUGAUGAGGUGAUCGACAUUCCAGGCUCACCUCUGGCAGAUAUGGGCAUUUUUCAUGAUGCCAAGAAACAAGAAAUGUCCGAGGAGCAGGAUAUGCCACACACCGAAAAUAGUUUUCUCAAGGUAGACCCAUGGGAGAAUAGUGACCUCAACAGCAUUUAUGAGAAGCAGCAGUUUAUGAAGUUUGAUGAAGGGUUUGAUACAUGUGAUUCAUUGAAGGAUGACACUGAGAAGCAGGAGCCAUCCCAAACAGAAGAUUAUAUUGUCAAUGCUGACUCAUGGGAGAUUAGCAACCUUGAUUACCUUUGGAAGGAAUUGCAUUCUGUGAAGCCUGGUGAAGAGAUUUUGGAUUCAUCAAAUACUAAAGUUGAGAAGCAGGACCUGUUCUCAACUGAAGAUGAUAGUCUCAAUGUUGACUCACAGAAAAAUAGUUACUUCAAUCCCUUUUCAGAGGAAGUACAUUUUGUGAAGCCUGGAGGAGAAGAGAGAAAGGCUUCAUUCCAGGACAAGGUUGGGAAGCAGGAUUCAUCCCAAACUGAAGAGAAUUUUUUCAACCUUGAUUCACAGGGAAAUUGUGACCCCAAUCACCUUCCUCAGAAUCUGGAUUUCAUGAAGCCUGAUGAGGUUGUCAAGAUCUCACCUCAAGCAGAUCGGGGAACUAUUCUUGAUGCCAUCAUACAUGAAAAGUUUGAGGGAAAGGAAGAAAUGGUGGCUCCUAUUGGUGGGUCGAAGAACUGGAAGGAAACAAAAAAAGAAGUGGAAGAGGAGACAGACAAGGUUCAGAAUCCUAGCCUCAGUGGUAAAAAUGAUGAAGAUGGUGGCCCUUCCAAGGUAAGAAAUACCAGUGAUGAUGUUUCUGGAAGAUAUGAGGCCUCAGGGCAACUGAACAAAGUUAAGAAGUACAACUCCAAAUUGGAAGAUAGUAUGUCAAAUGUUGGCUCACAGCAGAAGGCAAUCGAAGAAGGAGAUGAACCAAACUGGCAAAAGUUGUUCUUAAGUGGAUUGGAAGAUAGAGAAAAGGUUCUAUUGGCAGAGUACACUUCAAUUCUUCGGAAUUAUAAGGAUGCAAAGAAGAAGCUUGCUGAAAUAGAGAAGAAAAACCGGGAAAAUGCCUUUGAAACAAUGGUGCAACUAAGGGACCUGAAGCAUGCCAAUGCCAUUAAGGAUGAGGAGAUUACAUCUUUACGUCAAAAACUAAGCUUUCUGCAGACAAGUUUUGAAGGAAAUCUGGAUACCAACAUUUCAGAAUUUAAAGACACACAACAGGGAAGGCCCCUUGGUGAAAUGACAGAAAAAUCAAACUCCGAUGCUUCCAAUCUCCCAGCUACAAAUUCAGGCCAGCGGCAGCCAAUUUACAGUUUCUUAGAUGACCAAAAUGUUGGACCUGAAGUCAGAACCAACGAAUCUAUUGCAAAUGGA